GCGGCUGAUCGGGGUCCGCACCUUUUCCGGUAACACAGCACUGAACGGAGGGUGAGAGAGGGAGACGCGGAGCGGACAGAGCGGGGAGAAACGGUCCGGGGACAGGGGGAAGAUCGAUGCAGGAGCAGGGGGGGAAGAGAAGAAAGUCGGAUGAAUCAAUGACCUUUUUGGGCGCCUUUUUCCUCCUGAAUGUCCCGGCGAGGUUUGGUAACAGAGUGCUCUGAAAUACAUCGACUGGAUUCGGUUCAGGCCAAGCGUGCGGAGCCGGCGGCCAAGGAGGAAGUGAGAACCCGGGCUCGGACUGGGCCUGGUUUAUAGAGUCCGCUUCGGGUGAAAGCGGGGGGGAAAAAAGCCCCACUGAGUCAGAUCCGGAUCAGCUGAGAGGAACCGGACUCCAGAAAGGGAAAGAAGAGGAAGAAGUUGACAUGUGGAUUCUGAGGGAAGUGCGGAGAGUUUGAAAGGAGAGCGGGGGAUUGUCGUUUUUUUUUUCUUCUUUACAUCUGAGCGCAGCGGAUCAUGAAAAUAUCUCCCCACCCAGUUCUGAGAGGACUCCAAACGCACUGCUCACAGUGAGAGCUCACAAGCCAUCUUCUCAGGUCAGAUCUCCGGAAUUGUACCCCACACUCACGCACACACACACUCUUGAAAGUAUUGACACUUGUGCCAGCCCACCGCUGCCAUCACGUGGAGGGUUUUCUGUAGCUGCACACUGAAACUGCAACUCAAGAUCCCCUCUCACUAGAGAAGCCUCAGUUUCUUUCUUCUUCUAAGAAAGUAUUUAUGCACAUCAGACAAGAUGGGGAAAAUGUUUUCAAAGAUCUUUGGGAACAAGGAGAUGAGAAUAUUGAUGCUUGGACUUGAUGCCGCCGGGAAAACGACCAUCCUGUACAAGCUGAAGCUGGGACAGUCGGUCACCACCAUCCCCACGGUCGGGUUCAACGUGGAGACCGUGUCCUACAAGAAUGUGAAGUUCAACGUGUGGGACGUGGGAGGACAGGACAAGAUCCGGCCCCUCUGGAGACAUUACUACACCGGCACCCAGGGCCUCAUUUUCGUGGUGGACUGCGCCGACAGGGACAGGAUCGACGAGGCCCGGCAGGAGCUCCACCGGAUCAUCAACGACCGGGAGAUGAGGGACGCCAUCAUCCUGAUCUUCGCCAACAAACAAGACCUCCAAGAUGCCAUGAAGCCCCACGAGAUCCAGGAGAAGCUGGGCCUGACCCGGAUCCGAGAUAGGAAUUGGUACGUUCAGCCUUCGUGCGCCACGUCGGGGGAUGGACUUUAUGAGGGCCUGACCUGGCUCACCUCGAAUUAUAAAUCCUAACGUUGCCCCUCUUCCUGCUCUUCCUCCCCCCCCUCCUCCUCCUCCUCCUCUCACCAGCCUGGACAUUUGGAGGCAAAAAAAAAGUAGCUGAGAAUGACAAACAUAUAGAGAAAAAUGCAAUCUGAAGCAAUUAAUACCAUGACCUCUCUGCUGAGUAUGUAUCAAAGAGAGUAGCAAUUAUAUUUUCUUUUUUUUUUUUUUUUUCUUUUUGAUGAUGACAACUUCACUAUAACCCCUGAUUUCAUUUAAACAAAAAACUAUUGUUUUGUUUUGUAUUUUGGCUUUUUCGUAGCUUGCUUUGGUCCUCAUUCUAUAUAAUCAACACUUUAAUUAUACAAUACGUUUUUUUUUUUUUCAGCUUUUAAUGCAAAUCUUUUGGGAUUUUUUUUUCCUUGUUUUUGUAUACUUUCUUAUAGGGGACAUAGGGGGCGCACAUUUAUAGUUUUUGCCCCUUUUGCUUUAGCUCUCAUUCAGUAUUUCUCUUGACAUAGCUACAUAUCCAAAGGAUGGGACAGUCCAGAAACCAUUGCCGACAUCAGCAUAUCACUUUCAUGGCUCAAACUGCCUCUGUAAUAUGUCAGAAUGUGUAUUAUGGAUAUGUUUAGGACUUCAAAGAAAAAAAAAAAAACAAACAGUUUUCAUAAUUGAUUGUACUGGAAUGAAUGAGGAAAUGUGUUAGUACCUUUCUCCUGUGCCGUGAUCACAUCCAUAAUGUCUACCGUGGCGGUUUGUUUGAAAAGACGAUAUGUGGACGCUUGGAUAUUCACACACACACACACACACACACAUACACACACUGUGAUAUGGAUAUAUGCUUUUCUUAUUUCAGGGUCCAAAUCUGUUACCACCAGUCUUACGGUUUCCUCGCGGAGCUUCCAUUCCUGUUGAGUGUUUGUAGUUUCAGCUGCGUUCGGAGGGCCCCGGGUUCCAGGUGCCCCUAAAACCGAGACCGUUCCGACAGCAGAAGGCCUUUUUCCACUGCUGAGUUUGCACUUUUGAGAGGGGACUGGGGGGUGGGGGGGGGGGGGGGGGGGGGGGGUAGCAACAAGCUGGCGGUGCACAUUUUGAGUUUCUGUCAGUGACUUUUGGACCCCAGCAAGUGUUUAUGGAAUUCCCAACCCCCCCCUCCCUCCCGCCGCCUCCAGGGUCGGUGCUUCGCUGAUUUCUUUCUUUUUAUUUUGAAGCCAUUGUCAUCGACUUGCAAGGUCGUACAAACGCAAAACCGUCUUUUCUGUUCGUAGUUCAUAAAUACUGCUGUUUUAAUUAUUCCUUUUCGUUCCUUUCCUUCACCUUGCUAUGCUGAUGAAAUAAUAAAAAAAUAUAUCCAGA